AUGUGCUUGUACAUUGCACCCAUGCAUCAUCUACACACGCAUCAAGCUAAGGACAUGAAAACGCAUGGCAGGAGGAGGGUGGCCUCCGUUGCAUGGUGCAAUGCCAUUGGAAUGGUGCUAGCUCUAGCGACGCCGGUGGUUUUUGUCACUGCCAACAAUGGCGACACGCCGGCGAAGGACAAUGUGGCCGUUGUCUCGAGGAUUGCUGCCUCGGCGGCCGCCGCGACGGCGGCGCCGGGCGUGAACGUCACGGCCAUCUGCAUGGCGACGCCGUACCCGCGCGCGUGCGAGACGGCGCUCUCGUCGGCGGCGGCGCGGGGUGCAGCCAAGGACCCGUUCGCGGCGUCCGUACAGUUCGCCAUGACCCGGGCCGAGUCGGCGCGCGCGCUGGCGCGUUAUCUCUCGUCGUCGUCGCCGCGCCCGCGACGCGUGCCGCCGAGUGGCAUGGACGACUGCGCCGAGCUGCUCGACAUCAGCCUCGACCAGCUCCGCGACGCUCUCGCCGGCGCCGGGGACGCCGCCGGCGUGACGACGUGGCUCAGCGCGGCGCUGACGAACCAGGGCACGUGCGGCGACAGCCUCGCCGCCGUGCCGGACCGCGCGGCGCGCGACGCCGUGCGCGCGCGCGUCGGCGCGCUCGAGCAGUUCAUCGGCACGGCGCUGGCUCUCCACGCCAAGCUCAAGAACGGGAGCGCGAUCCUGCCACCACCCUCCUCGCCGGCGCCGGCGCCGGCGCCGCCAAACCUUUCCUCCUUCCCAUCCUGGGUCUCCAAACACGACCGCCACCUCCUGUCAUCCCCGCCGAGCACCAUCACGCCGGACGCCGUGGUAGCCCUGGACGGCAGCGGGACGCACACGAGCAUCAGCGACGCGAUCGCCGCCGUGACCGCGCCGGUGCACCCCGCGGCGACCGGAGGAGGUCGAAAGGUGAUCUACGUGAAGGCCGGGCGGUACGAGGAGAGCGUGAGCAUCUCGAGCAAGCAGAAGAACGUGAUGCUCCUCGGCGACGGGAAGGGGAAGACGGUCAUCUCCGGCCACAAGAGCGUCGCCGGCGGCUACACCACCUACGCUUCCGCCACCGUCGCUGCAAUGGGAUCGGGCUUCAUAGCCAAGGACCUGACGAUCGUGAAUAGCGCCGGGCCGGGGAAGGGCCAGGCGGUGGCGCUGCGCGUCGGCGGCGACCUCUCCGUCGUGUACCGGUGCGGCAUCGAGGCGUACCAGGACACGCUCUACGUGCACUCCAACCGGCAGUUCUACGCCGCCGACGACAUCUCCGGCACGGUGGACUUCAUCUUCGGCAACGCGGCGGCGGUGAUCCAGGGCUGCGACAUCCGGGCCCGGCGGCCCGGCCCGGGCCAGCAGGACACGGUCACGGCCCAGGGCCGGUCCGACCCGAACCAGAACACCGGCAUCUCCAUCCACCGGUGCCGGAUCGCCGCCGCGCCGGACCUCGGCGGCGCGCCGGUGUAUCUGGGCCGUCCGUGGCGGAGGUACUCGCGGACGGUCGUGAUGGAUACGGCCCUGGACCGUUCGAUCGCGCCGGCGGGGUGGCUCGAGUGGUCGGGCCAGUUCGGGCUCGCCACGCUCUACUACGGGGAGUACGGCAACACGGGGCCCGGCGCCGUGACACGUCGGCGGGUGACGUGGGGCGGCGUGCACUCGCGCAUGUCCACGUCGGACGCCACGAGGUUCACCGUGGCAAACUUUAUCGUAGGGGACGCGUGGCUGCCUGGCACUGGAGUGGCCUACACUUCAGGGCUGUAGCUAUCAGCUAUGUAAUGUAAACUGCUCUCUGUAUCGUCUGAUUAAUUAAAAAUCCUGGAGCUAAAUGGUGAGGAUGAAUGAACGAUAUGAACUUGCCGUGA